AAUAGUUUUCCUUUGACAACGUCUGGUGGCAUUGCUCAUAGGCCCGCUGGUGUCUAUUUGCAUUUCUCGGAGCCUUCGCAGAACAUGCGCAUGUUCAUGUCAAGUGCAGUGCAAAGGAAAUAAUAUUUUGGCUUUCGGGGGCCUAAAAUUAGCUAAAAUGAAUAAGUUAAAGUUCUCACAACGAGAAAAGGUGAAGAUAUUCAUAACAUGUACACAAGCGGGAGAACAAACAGCAAUAUAUUGUUUAUCGCAGAAUGAUUGGAAGCUAGAUCUUGCAAGUGAUAAUUAUUUUCAAAAUCCUGAGGCUUACUAUAAAGAUCCAAGGAUUUUUGUGGAUAAAAAGAAAUUAGAGAUAUUAUUUAAUCGAUAUCAAGAUCCAAAUGAGCCAGACAAGAUUACAGCAGAUGGGAUAAUGAAAUUUUUGGACGACCUAGGUCUAAGCCCUGAGAGCAAAUUAGUAUUAAUCAUUGCUUGGAAAUUUAGAGCAGAAACUCAAUGUGAAUUUACUAAAGAUGAAUUUAUGAAUGGCAUGAUGGAUUUAGGUGUGGACAGUAUAGAUAAAUUAGAAGCUCGUUUAAGUAGUUUAGGAAAUGAAUUGAGAGAUCCUCAAAAAUUUAAGGAUUUUUAUCAUUUCACGUUUAAUUAUGCGAAAAAUCCUGGACAAAAGGGUUUAGAUCUCGAUAUGGCAAUUGCCUAUUGGAAUAUUGUAUUAGUUGAUAAAUUCAAGUUCCUGCCAUUAUGGUGUCAGUUUUUACAGGAACACCAUAAGAGAUCAAUUCCAAAAGAUACAUGGAAUUUGUUAUUAGAUUUUGCACUUAUGAUCAACCCUGAUAUGAGUAAUUAUGAUGAAGAAGGAGCUUGGCCUGUAUUGAUAGAUGAUUUUGUAGAGUGGGCACAACCUCGAGUUCGUCAGUCCCUCUAACAUCUCCUUAUUACAUCUAUAACUUUAUGUGAAAAAAGCUUUAUUUAUUCAAUUAUAAAAUUGUAUAAUCAAGUGAUACUUAAACAUAUUUUUUUGAUAAAGCAUUAUCAUUUUACUUCAUGUACAGAAUGCGACAGUGAGGCAAAACACGCGAUAAUUAUUAGAGUCGAUUAUACUGUAUAAUAACGUUGUAAUGUAAAAACAUUUUGCUUAAAAAAAGAAAUGUUACUUUCUUAUAUGAAAAAGUAAAUCUUAUUAAAUCGUUGUAAAUCUAAAUUACAUUAACUUUAAAGCUUUACAACAUUAUUGUAAGUUUAAAUCUACAAUAUUAUAAAUCCAUCUGUACAAAGUAAUAUGAUGUAUAAUCAGUUUAUUCUUCAAAACAACGUAGUAACAGUGGAAAAUGUUGCUCAAUUACCGGAGGUGUUAGCAAACAUUAGGAAAAAUCGCUCAUUAUGUUCCUUUUCAAGAAUCUAAUUUUGAAAGGAAAAAUUUUAAGAGAGAUUCGUUAUACGUUUUUGUAGAUAGUAAUUCCUAGAAAUUGCGUUAUUAAAAAUUGUUAUUAAAUGAAUUUUACGACACUACAUAACACUUGUAAUAUAUAUACAAAAUACACUAAGAGAAAAACAAAUCUCUAUUUUAAAUGUAACGCAACUUUGGCACUGCUACACUUAUUUUGUCUCAGAAGAUUUGUUUCCGUUUUAUUGCUAUAAAGAAAUAUUUAUAUUGUAAUUCUGAGAUACUAUAGAUGUUAGGAAAAAUAAAUUAAGAAUUUUUUUACAAGUUUAAAUUAUGACUUUCAUUUAUAAUUAUUGCUAAUGAAACGUAUCUUUUCUUUUAAUAAACUAAAGAAACAUUACUAUAUAUUCAGCUUGAAAUGUUGAAAAAAUUUUUGUGCAGAAUCAAUUUCAUUUUCAUGUUAUUUUAUUUUAGAGUACAAUGUGUGAUUAAUGCUUGCGUAGUGUUAGUAAAAUACAUAAUGAAUUUUCAAUGCUACUAAUUGUUUUAAUUUAUAUAAAAUACAAAGAGAUUAAAGAAAUAUAAUGUAAAGAUAUAUAUAUACAUAUAUAUACACACACACAGAUAUACGUAUAUCUCUGUAACUUUAUAGUUAACAUUUAAGAAAUCAAAAACAUCAUGUGCACCUAUGUAUACUAACAUACAAAGGCGCAAAGUGGAAAAUUAGUAACACAAAGAUGCGUCGUCCAUAAGUUUCGGAUUAUAUUUUAUAAAAAAUUGGAAUAGAUAGAGUGAAAAAGAUUCUGAUUAAGCUAUACAUUAUAAAACAAGUCUAGUUUAAUAAUGUCAGGUAUACGUUUAUGCAAUGUAAAAAAAAGAAUUCAUAAUCACUGACACUAUAUUUAUUACUCUUUAGAGAAUACACUUUCAAGUUUAAACUGCAGUUUUCUUUUAAUUAUUUUAGCAUUGCGUAAACAAAAAAUUGUAAUAGUUUUAGAAAGAGAUUGUACAAAUGUAAAUAAAUUUAUCAGUCUUAAUCUACAUAAGAUGUUUGAUUGAAAGGAAUAUACUAUAAUUAUUAAAGUGUGAUAUAAUCAUUAUACCACAACAAUAACUUUUAAGUAAAACUUUAGCCCUAAGGAAAUGAACUUCUCAUUUUUAUUUAAAUUUUACCAUUUUUUUUUAUUUUAAUGUAUUUACGUACUUUGAAAGGGUUUAAUUAUACAUACAUAAAAAAAUUAAAUCAUUUUAAUAAAAUAAUAUUACACUAGUUGCAAAAAUUGCUACAAGUGCAAGGAGAAUUACAUCCACAGCAGUCAGUAUCUUUUGGAUAUAGAAAAGCUAAUUCAUAUUGUUGAUUUGAUUCCAUGUUAUAGUAUUUGUUUAAUAUAUUCUCGAUAUACCACUUGCAUAAAAAUUGCAAUUUAUCUAUAGUCGUCUAUAUAUUUUUUUAUUAUUAGUUCGUAAAAUUCCAUACCAUUUAUUAAGAAUUUAAUAAUAUUUAGUAAAGUUAGUUAAGUUUUACCUGUGCAAUAACUAAUCCCCGGUUUGAUCUUGCAUUUAUCUGAUGGCUAUGAGAGUCAAAAAAAGUUACCUAUAAAUGAACAAUAUUUAUAAUGACAAAUAAUAUUGCAAAUAAAUUACAAAUAAAUAUUUUACCAUAUGAGUGUUUUCUUGAAAUAUAAAUAAAACCGUGCGACCACAGGUAAUAAGAAGCAUGAAUAAGUUUUUGGACUUGGGCAGUGCGUACCAUUUCU